UUUAACCUCAUAAUUUUAUUCUUAGUUUGUUCAGUCAGAAGUGAUAUUAUUUGUUGAAAAUUUACUUCUAAACAAACUUUAUUAACGUUGAUAAAUAGAAGCAUUACAAUCAAUUGAAAAUGGAGCUAUCAGCGGAGGGAAAAACACCUGAAUACAUGGCAUUGGCCGGAAUCAAAUUCAAACUCAGUUUACCUGAAUUCAAAGAUAAUAUUCAGUUAAAGGAGCAGUUAUUGAAUGGAAUAAAGGCUGGACACAUGGCUCCUUAUUAUAAAGAGGUAUGCAAUGACCUUGGCUGGGCCUUUGACCAGAAGUUGUAUGAUGACAUGACAAAAGAAAAUCAAGACAGGCUAUCUAAAUUUGAAGAAGACGACUCUGAAACACCCGUUUGGCAAGAUAGGCUUGAUUACUUGUGUUCAGUUGGAGACAAAGAAACAGCUACUGCAUUGGCAACAUCUAAAUAUGAAGAUUCAACAUUGACUACAAACAGGAGGCUCGAUGCUAUAUUUGCUUUGUUCAGAAUUGCUUAUUUCCAUGGAUGUAACGUGAAGGAAAUGGGAAAAGCUAUCAAUAAGGCUCACGAGUUAGUUGAUAAAGGUGGAGAUUGGCGUUCAAGGAACAAGCUAAAAGCAUAUGAAGCUAUAUAUUGCCUUGCUGUUAGAGAUUACAGUCAUGCAGCUGAAUUAUUCAUUGACUGUGUGUCAACUUUUGAAUCUUAUGAACUGGUUGAUUUUGGGGGUGCGAAGAAUCCCCGGUCGGCAGGCCACCAUAAACAACUGACCAUUGGCACGUUUAACACCCGGACUUUGAGGCGAGAUGAGGAUGUGGAAGAGCUGGAAGUAGAAUUGAGGUCCAUUAAAUGGCAUAUCCUUGGGCUUUCGGAGGUCCGUAGAGAGG